CCCAAGUCGGCCUCAGCAGAGCAAUCACAUAGAAAUCAAAACCGCGAUAUAGAGAUAUACGUACAUAGAUAUAUAACAGAGGAGAGAGAGAGAGAGAGAGAGAUGGAGUGUGUGUUCGGAAUGGUAGGCAAGGGUUUCGCUCUGGUAGUCGCCGAUUCAUCGGCAGUUCACAGCAUAUUGGUUCACAAAUCGAAUGAAGACAAGAUCAUGAUCCUCGAUUCUCACAAGCUCAUGGGCGCUAGCGGCGAACCCGGUGACAGAGCUCAAUUUACGGAGUACAUACAGAAGAAUGUGGCGUUGUAUCAGUUCCGCAAUGGCAUUCCGUUGACAACUGCAGCCGCUGCGAAUUUCACUCGAGGGGAGCUCGCCACUGCGUUGCGGAAGAGUCCAUACUCAGUGAAUAUUAUUCUGGCUGGCUACGACAAGGAGACAGGACCCUCCCUCUACUACAUCGAUUAUAUCGCCACCCUUCACAAGGUUGACAAGGCAGCAUUUGGUUACGGAUCAUACUUCUCACUUUCCAUGAUGGACCGACACUACCGCCCUGACAUGUCACUGGAUGAAGCAAUUGACCUGGUCGACAAGUGCAUAAUGGAGAUCCGGUCCAGGCUGGUCAUAGCACCCCCAAAUUUUGUCAUCAAAAUUGUCGAUCAGGAUGGAGCUAGGGAGUAUGGCUGGCGCGAAACUGUCAAAGAUUCUCACAUUUCUGAGGCAUGAUGUGUAUUGGGUUUGCGAGACUCUUACCUGUUUCUUAUUUGUCUUCACUGUUUGAUGGAUCGACUAGAAAAUUUUACCAUUGUGGAACUGUUUUUAAAUAUUUGAAGCACUCUUAUUUAAUUUUGCAAUAUGCUAUGUUCAGAAAAAUUACUUUUUCUUCAUCA